UGUAAAGUGCGAAGUGCACCACAUGUACCUCCGCCACACCGCGGCUCGCUCAGCGGCUCCGUACGCGCGUACUGCGGUCAAGACGACUUUCAAGUCGACCGAUGCCAUGGCGGGACCGUCCGAAGAAGCCGACGCCGUCGAUCUGAAAAUGACAUUGCUGGAGUUUCGCCUGAGCGCCGGUCUCUCGAAGGGCGAAGCGAGUCGGAAGCUGGCGAGCGCGUGCCGGCGAGCAGCACCGAUCGAACUCACGGCCAAGACACUUUCGGAGCCGCCGCGUCUGAGUCUGGGCUGUCCCGUGUUGGACGAAUACCUCGACGGCGGCCCGAGCACUCGCGGCCUGAUCGAGCUGUGCGGCGAAAGUGGCAGCGGCAAGACGCAGCUGUGCCUCCAAACGUCCCUCGCAGCCACUGCCGGAGGGGGCAACGACGACGCGCACGUUCUUUACAUAUGCACCGAGGAGCGCUUUCCCGAGAAGCGCCUGCGCCAGAUGGACCCGAGCGCAGUACGCGGAGAACGCGUGCUCGUGGCACAGCUGGGAGAAUGGCCCAUGCUUAUUCAGUGCCUCGAAGGCUCGCUGCCGGCGUUACGUCGAACGAGGCGCGUGACGCUUCUGGUGAUCGACUCGGUCGCUGCGCUCCUGCGCGCGGACCCGGAGCGUGCCGAAGGCGUGAGGCGUCUGGGCGCCCUUCUAGACGGCCUCUGGCGAUCGGGUAUCGCUGUGCUGUGCGUCAACCAGGUGACGGACGUGCCCGGAGGUCGCACGGCGCCCAGCCUGGGGCCCGGCUGGGCGAACCUGGUCACCACACGCCUUGUGACGAGUCGGUCAAGGUCGGGAGUCCGCGCCCUGCGUGUCGCCUUCGCGCCUUCGAUGUCGCCGAGAGAGGCGUGCCGGUUCGUUAUCACUGCGGAUGGCGUGCGAGGAGUGCGGUAGAAACGCGACGAUUCGUUUGUACCGGUGUCGACCGCUACUGUGUUCAACGUCCCGUGAGCUAGGAAAGCGCGAUGUGUGUGAGUCGUCAUAUGUGACCGCGCAGUAAUGGUCAUGGUUCGCCUCCUGUGUCUAAUGUGGUGCUUGAAGUAGGUCGAAACCCCAAGCGUAAAACCGAAGUGAAAAUAUCUAGUGGACUACUGUAGUGCGAAACUAACUGUGAUAAAGCUGUGAAGCGUGGUUUCUACUCUGCUCUGCAUGCUAAUGUGUUUGUAGGUAAGCAUACCUCUGCAUAUAUCCUUCGUGAGGCAGUGUACAAGGUAGUAACGAAAAAGCACAAGGAUGAUUAUAGUGCGAAACCAUUACACGGACACCAUAUCCUUGAAGAAGGUGGCAACAAUUCGUGCAUGGCCAAAAUGCAGUGUUGUGUACCACAUAGUGUAGUGUUGUGCCAAGACUAUGUGUCUGCCUGGCUAUCCACCACUGAAGGCACCGUGAAGAGGCAAUACAGUUUAGCUGAAAAUAAAAAAGCUGGCCAUAAAAGCAUCUUUAAAUUCGUAUUAAGCAACCGAGAAACACUGAUGACUGCUUUUCAAUGGAUAUUCAUUCCUCACGAAGAUCAAUACAGUUAUUUUGUCACAAAUCAGCUGAUAUUGAAUUUAAUAUACUGGAAAGUGCUGCACAAGUCAUGUUUUAGAUGGCUGGCCUGCUGAAACUGCCCAUAUCUGAAAUAAGCAAGUCAAGAUUAAUUGAGCCAUUACACCACCACCCUUAAAAGUACUCAAUGUUUAUGCCACAUUUGGUAUACCACAAUGCUUGUAAAUGUGUGAGAUGUGUGCUCCUUGGUUAACAUCCCAAGUAUUGAACACUGUACUUUCGACUCUAGUUCUCGCAGCUUAUUUAUGCUUUUUACAUCAUUUGAAGUAACGUUUAAAUGGCUAUAAAUGGAAAAGUAAUAGUAUAAGUAUGCGACCAAAUUAGCCAAAUCCAAAC